AUGGCAGAAAAAAUUUUGCAAAAUCAGAAUCCCAGGUUAGAAGCGAUGACAGUGGACCAUGAAACUCCUGCACCGAAGGAAAUUACCGUUGAUGAACCCAGAUUGACUAGAGUUGCCAGACCAUUAAGGCAUGUAAGGCAUAUACCCGUGAAAUCGUUGGUUUUCCAUUCCAAGCACGGACCCGUCACUUUUUCAUACGAAAAUAAAAUAAAACUGCCAAUAAGUAAGAAUAAACUGGCAGUCCAGGUAAAUUAUGUAGGUUUAAAUCCUAUUGAUAUGAAAAUCAAGAAUGGUUACACCAAACCUAUCUAUGGUGAGGCCGGCAUCGGAAGAGAGUAUAGCGGGGUAGUAACACAUGUUGGUAGCAAUCUGACAGAUAGAUGGAACGUUGGAGAUGAGGUAUAUGGUAUUUAUUAUCAUCCAAAGUUAGCCAUCGGUGCUUUGCAAACUGCACUGCUCAUCGACCCUAACGUCGAUCCUAUUUUGAUGAGGCCAAAACAUACCUUAACACCAGAAAAGGCGGCGGGUUCAUUGUUUUGUUUGGGGACAGCUUUGAAUCUAUUAUCUAAGCUAAAGGAAAAGGGCCAAUUAGAUGCGGAGUCUAACAUUUUAGUAAACGGUGGGACAAGUUCAGUGGGGAUGUUUGCCAUCCAACUGUUGAAACGCUACUAUAAAGUUUCCAAGAAAUUGGUUGUUGUGACGUCUGGUAACGGUUCAACGGUAUUGUCUGAACACUUCCCCGACCUAAAGGAAGAAAUGAUUUUCAUAAAUUACCUCUCAUGUAGAGGGAAAUCGAGUAAACCGCUUAGAAAUAUGCUGAACUCGGGUAAAAUUGUAGAUUAUGAUGACCCUAAUAGUCUUAAAGAAACCGAAGCUUACACACAGGGUAAAUUCAACGUCGUAUUGGAUUUCAUUGGUGGUUAUGAUAUUUUGAGUCAUUCAAGUUCCUUAAUUCGUGCUAAAGGCGCUUAUAUUACCACUGUUGGUGACUAUGUUGGAAACUAUAAGAAAGACAUCUUUGACUCUUGGGAUAAUCCUAGUGCUAAUGCGAGGAAGAUGUUUGGCUCAAUGUUGUGGUCAUAUGACUAUACUCAUUUUUAUUUCGACCCUAAUAUCAAACUCAUUUCCAAGAAAAAUGAAUGGAUACAUGAAUGUGGAAAGCUACUGAAUGAAGGGGUUGUGGACUGUAUCGUAGAUAAGGUUUAUUCUUGGAAAAAACUCAAGGAGGCGUUUUCUUAUAUGGCCACCCAGCGUGCUCAAGGCAAGUUAAUAAUGAAAGUUGAAGAUUUUUGA